AGCAGCUGGCGCUCACGCUCAGCCGUCCCUCCUCAUCAUCACAUCCUCCUGAAGACAUUAACCAUCAUGCACCUGUGCAGAAGUCACUCCUGCAGGACGCCGGCACCCUGAGCUCCAGAUUGAUGCAGAUGUUGGCAUGCGUGCAGCAGCUGAGUGAACCAUGGAUGGAGUUGGCAUCACUGUCUUCAUCACGGUGCAGAAGAUCUACUACCCGUUCCUGUGUGCCAUGGGUAUACCAGCUAACCUGUUCACGUUCUACAUGAUCUGUUUCCGGAAGUGUGGGAUGGCCGACACAGCCAUCGUUUACCUGAGCUGCCUCGCCAUAAUGGACACGUUCUACAUCGUGUGGGUGAUCCUGAUCGAUCUGACGCUUACCUUCUGGCUACCGCAGCCCUUUUGGCACUCGUACCCGUGGUGUAACAUCCUGGGCUUCCUGCAGUACGGCUCUCUCUACAGCUCGUCCUGGAUCGUGGUGGUGUUCACCAUCGAGCGCUGCCUCGUGCUCCGCAGCACGGAGGCCAAGCAGCAUUUCUUCCAGAGCCGGGUCACAAAGCUGACCUGUGUGACCAUCAUUCUUGUGUCCCACCUUGUCUCGGUGCCACUGGGUUGGAUCAACAAGGUCACAUUUGUCAACUUCACUGUAGACGGAGAGAACGUGACUCUGCCACGGUGUCUUUACCAGGAUGAGAUCUACUCCACUGUCAUCGUGUGGAUAACCACCUUCCUCUCGGGGGGAAUCCCCAUUGUGCUCGUCAUCAUCUUCAACUACCUCAUUGGGUACCAUCUGUGCCGCGCCAGCAACCUUUUCACCAAGGAGGAGUUGCGCAUCAUGCAUGGAAGGAGCACCAGGGGCAUGUUGAGGAGGACCAUCCUGCUGCUCAGCACCGUCUCUGUGGCGUUUGUGGUGCUCAGUCUGCCCCGCUUUGUCACAUACUGCAUCCUGAGGAUGAAGUACAACAAUGAGACCUUCGACAGGAAUGACUACAGCAUCCCUAUCAACGUGGCUGGUGAUCUGGCCAAUAUGCUUCAGAACCUCAACUCCACCACCAACUUCCUGCUGUACUGCAUGGUCAGUCGGCGCUUCAGGCAGGAACUGGUGCAGGUGUUGGCUUGCAAGGCAAGAGCUUGCGAGCUGGGAUCCAUCCUCACCUACGCCACCAUGAAGGUCUUCUCAGUUACAGAUCAUAAAGAUCCACCAGCCAACCACCCUGUGGGCGUGGUGCUAACCAAACUGAAACAGACAGGCUAAGAAGAAAAUGGAGUAGGAUCUUUGACCUCCACCGCAAACAUUACUCAGUUUUAGUUCAUGUGACUUUAUACAUCCCCAAAUCACUGAACAUCACCACCAAUGUUAU